AUGGCCCCUCAGCCAACGCCCCGAGUCCGGCGCACGUCGCAAAAUACACAAUACACCUACAACCUUUCGAGGCGAAUUAACGAUAUCAAGACCUACCCUGUCCAGUCCCCCCAAGGAGCUACGAUCCUCCUCUAUGGCCACGACAAUGGCGUUACGAUAAUAUGGAGAGGCGGACGUCGCUUCAAGCCAUCAAAGAAGCAACAAGCAAAGUCCGCCAAUGAGAAGCAGAAUGGAGCACCAGACGAUGCCGUCAUGAUCAUCGACUCCGAUGACGACGAACCAGCAGCUAAGGCACGCAAGGCAUCGACGCCGUUCACUGACAAGCCCGAAUUUGAAGACUCCGAGGAGGAUGGGCCGUACCCCGAAAUCAUCCAGACUCUCGACCUCUCUCUUGGCACAUCUGUCCUGCAUCUUGCCGUCCUGCCCAUGACGCCUUGCCCUGCCGAAGAUGCUGCGUGGGGAGGAGCCGAUGUUCUCAAGGAGAAGAUGGUGUUCACAGUGGCGUGCGCGACCAACGAGGUUUAUGUCGUGACUCUUCCUCUGACACCACCAAGUCCCGAGAGCAAGGCACGACCUGAUCUGAUGUCUAAUCUUCUGGCCGGUAAAGCUGGUUCUGGUCAAUGGGGGGAGAGGGUCGUUCUUCUAGGCGGCCAAUACAAACGGAGCGAGGGCGUUGCCAUGUCAUUAACCAGGCCCAAAGCUUCAUCGAGCUCCGAUCGGAUACGAGAACAGACCGGAACGCCCAGUAUUCCGAAGUCUCGCCUCAUUGUCGCCGCACAUACCCGCGAGGCAUCUGGCACCCUCCGCCUCUGGGAUGUUCCCCUUGAUGUCCAGCCAGGCGAAGCCAGCGGCCGAAUCAACCCCUUCCAGACCGAGUACCUUCCCACCCCCCUCUCCAGCAUCUCCUUCAACCCUACGCAUCUUACACAAAUUCUUACAGUAGCUUCUCCGCACGCUGUCCGCAUCUACGACUACGCACUACCUUCGUUCCCCCCAGACGACCAGGCUACGGGACCAUUCCCUAGCCAAGGAUCCUGGCUACUCUCUCUAUUCCAACCAUUCACCCGCCCAACAUCAACGCGGAAACCUAUCCUUGAUGCCGCUUGGAUUGCCCACGGUAGAGCCGUGCUCGCUCUGCUCGCCGAUGGCACUUGGGGCAUCUGGGAUGUGGAUGGUGCUAGCCCGCUCGGCGCCUCUAUUAUGGGCAAGAAUAGCUCUACCAUCAAGGGCGCCGCAAUCACAGCCUUCAGUGCUACUGGCCACGUCGAAGGCACCGGGCCUUUGCGGACGACAACAGCCGUACCGAGGUCCAAUGGCAACGGCGAGUUUGUGCCUCUGACGCCUCACAGCCGACGUGACGCAGCAGCUUCGCUCAGUACGGCUGGCUCACUGGAGAGGCUUGUGUCUGUCAGAGGCGGCAUUGUUGUGACGCCUUUGCCCGGCAGUGGCUCAGGCUCCGGUUCGGCUGAUGAGAGCGUCGUGCUUUGGAUCGGCGGACUGGAUAAUGUCUCUGUCAUCCCAGCCGUCUCACGCUUCUGGGAUGCGCAGCUGCGCCGAAGUUCUGGUGGAGGAGUGAACCUAUUCAGCGGCACUACCCCGACCCGAAUGAUCCGAUUACACGACCUGUCCACCGGACUUCUUGGAGAGCGGUGCUGCGGUGUGGGUGCCGCUGUCAAUUUUGCACGACUGAAGGAGAACGAUGGGGGCCUGCAGAUCGAGGUGCUUAUCAUGGGCGAGAGCCGAUUGGUGAUAGUCCACGAGUCUGAGGACACCCCUGGCACCAAGAUCGGAACCGUUGUCUCGACGCGUCGUCGUCUCUUUGGUGACAAGGGUAAGCCAGAGCUGCCGAGCGCCAUUAUUGUCCACCCUCGGCCAGACCAGCCCCGAAACGUGUCGUUCAAUCUGAGCGUCAACAAGACGAGAAGCCUACGUGCGAAAUCCAAUGCUCGCGAUAGCGUCGACGCCGAAGAUCCAACCCACGACUUCACGCUUCCCAUCGGACGAUCCAGGGCUGGCUUCGGGUUCGCCGACACACUCAACGCUGCCGCAGAUUUACAGGACGACGUUACGACGCGAGACGUCGAAGUGGAGAUGCUGGAUAUCCUGGAGAUUGAUCGUGCGUUGGAGGAUAUGGAAGACGACCGGGGUAGCGGACGGAAGAAGGUCUUCUUCGAGGAAGACCAGGACCGUUCGUUCCACUAA